AUGGACGGCGAGUCUACGGAAAGCAGACUCAAUGGAGAUGGGAGUAAGGAGAUUUUGGCACCAACUGAGGGACCUCGGGAGAACCUGAUCAGUACCGCAGUCAAGUUCCUGCAGAACCCUAAGGUGAUGUCCAGUCCUUUGUAUCAGAAAAAGGCAUUUUUGGAGAAAAAAGGUUUGACACAAGAAGAGAUUAACAUCGCCAUUCAGAGGUCAGGGGUGAAGGAGACUGCGUUGGAAGCAGCACCAGGGCAGGAAAAUGCAGCAGUGUACCAACCUGGAGGCUUUGGAUUGAAUCCUCAAGUUCCACCUGGAUAUUAUGCUCCAAUCCCUGCAAGUUCUGGCUGGGCUCGGGCCAGGGAUCUGACAGUGUCAACCGUCGUCGUAGCAAGUGUGUCUUAUGCUGUGUACCAGCUGUUCCAGACAUAUUUACGUCCACGCUUGUUUGGCAAGUCAUUUGAGGAAAGACGACUUGAAAAACUGGAACGCAGAAUUCUGGAAAUUGAAAAGUCAGUUGCAGAUUCAUUAGCAGAGACUAACAAGAUACUUGUAGGCAUACAGGAGUCUUUGAACAAACAAAACACACAGACGGCAAUCAGCAGUGGAGAACUGCGAGGCGUCUCAGAUAUCAAAGCAGACAUCGCUUCCCUCAAGGGCCUUUUAUUGAGCAAGAGUCAGUUUCCACCGGCACCUUCGACAUCUCCGGUACUUCCUGCGUGGCAAAGGGCACAAGCUCCGGCUGUGUCUGCUUCAGCUUCAUUGUCUUACGCUGAAGUCGUCAAGACUGCAAACAGUCCCAACGAUGAUCAGAAAUCAACCCAGCAGACGCCAGUGUCUGAAUUAGCUGAUGGUCAUGAACCUAGCCAGGAGCCUGCUUCCAUCUUUGCAUCUGACAACCAAAUCAAUGACAGUGAGGGUCUGACAGACAGUCAGGACCUGUCUUUCAGCAAACUGACAGAAUCAGACUCCAGUCUUUCUUAA